GAUUACCUAGAAAAGUUCUACCAGUUACCGCCGAAAGGAUUCCGGUCUGCGAGGCAGAACAGCUCUAGUGUGAUUGUUGAGAAGCUGAAAGAGAUGCAGCGGUUCUUUGGGUUGAACGAGACGGGGAAGCCGGAUCGCGAGACGCUGGAGAUGAUGCAGAAGCCUCGCUGCGGGGUGCCAGACAGUGGAGACUUCAUGUUAACCCCGGGAAACCCCAAGUGGAAACAAACUAACCUGACCUACAGGAUUAUUAAGUACACGACACAGUUGUCAGAGACCGAUGUGGAAGCUGCUAUUAAGGAAGCCUUUCAAGUGUGGAGCAACGUGUCAACCCUGACCUUCACCAAGAUCUCUCAGGGAGAAGCAGACAUCGAGAUCACCUUUGUCCAAGGAGAUCAUGGCGACAAUUCUCCAUUCGAUGGACCCAAUGGGGUCCUCGCUCAUGCCUUUCAGCCGGGCCAAGGUAUUGGAGGAGACGCUCACUUCGAUGCAGAAGAAACGUGGACCACAACUUCCAGCAAUUACAAUUUGUUUCUUGUUGCCGCCCAUGAAUUUGGCCACUCCUUGGGGCUCGCUCACUCCACUGACCCCGGUGCCUUGAUGUAUCCCAACUACGCUUUCCACGACCCCAGCACCUACAACCUCCCUCAAGAUGACAUCAACGGGAUUCAGACCAUCUACGGUCCUUCAAACAACCCUGUCCAACCAACCGGACCGACCACACCCACAGCCUGUGACCCCAGACUGACGUUUGACGCCAUCGCCACCCUCCGUGGAGAAAUACUGUUCUUUAAAGACAAGUACUUCUGGAGGAGACACCCUCAGCUGAGAAGUGUCGAACUCAACUUCAUCUCUCUGUUCUGGCCGUCCCUGCCCGAUGGUGUACAGGCGGCCUAUGAGGAUGCCGACAAGGACCUCGUUUUCCUAUUUAAAGGCUGCCGGUACUGGGCUCUGAGGGGCUAUGACAUUGAGCAAGGUUAUCCCAGGGUCAUCUUAGACUACGGCUUCCCAAGCAGUGUCCAAGCGAUUGAUGCAGCUGUUUACUACAGGAGAAAAACCUACUUCUUUGUAAAGGACCAGAUCUGGAGAUAUGAUAACCAAAGACAAUCCAUGGAACCAGGUUAUCCCAAAAGCAUAGCAAGUCUCUUUCCAGGAAUAGGAAGCAAAAUUGAUGCAGUUUUCCAGCAGAACCAUGUCUUCCUUUUCUUCAGUGGACAGAUAUAUUAUACAUUUGAUCUUGGUGCUCACAGGGUUACUAGGAUCGAUAGAAGCAAUCGAUGGCUCAACUGCAGAUAAAGCUGAAGCAGUCACACAUAUUUGCAUCCAUUUUCCGCAUGUGGAAGGAAAGUCUAGUUUGCGUAGCCAUUUUCCUGGGUCCUAUUUAUACUUCUCUCGACAAUGAGUAAUGCUGUUUGCUAUCACUGUCCUCAUUGGACCUCCCUUCAGGGGAAAUACAUUUGGAGUAUCCUGUUGUCUCCAGGGCUGAUUGAGUUCCUAUGGAUUCCAUCUCAAGGGAGGAGAUGAAGCCUUCCCUGUCACUUCAGUAUUCACUAUUUCGUUACUUGCUUACCUGACUUCCAAAAUGCUUAUAUAUACCUAAAUCUCCUUUAUCUGCUACAUACAAUUCAGCACUGGGUUUUGGUGAAAUGUAGAGACCAGGAACAGCGUAAACAGUCCCUCUUGCCUUUACUGAAAAUGUAGUACUAUUUUCCACUCUUGGAAAAAAAAUAUUGUUGAUCCAUGUUGUGGCUUGAAUUGUGUCCCCCCAAGAGAGAGAGGUUGAAGUCCAAUCCUAGGUACCUAUGAAUAUACCCUAUUUGGAACGAGGGUCUUCAAAGAUGCAGUUAGUUAGAAUGAGGUUAUGCUGGAGCAGGGUGGACCUAGGGACUGGUGUCCUUGGAAGAAGAGAAGCAACACAGACACAUAGCAGAUGAGGACAUGCGCACGUGAAGACCAACCUGGGAAUGGUGCUUGCAGAAAGCCAACCGUGGCCAGCAGCCACCAGAAGCUGGGAAGAGGCAAGGAAGGAUCCUUCCUAGUGCCUUCAGAGAAACGAAUUUCAUCCCCCCACACCUUGGGUUUAGACUUGUAGCUUCCAGACCUGGCAGAGAACAAACUGGGUUGGAGCCUGUGGAGCUUCCUUAAGGCAGCCCUGGGAUAUCUACCAGCUGGAUACCAUACCCCUGCACUUAAGAAAAUGAGUCAACACAAAACGACAAAGUUGAACCCUCAGGAAGAAUUACUGUCACCUUCCCCAAAAAGGAGCAAAAAGGGGAGGUACCACUUUCUCUUCUGUCUCCUCCCAGCUCUAUCCUUUUAGAGUCUAAGCAAAUGGGCUAGUGAUUGGAACUGUUGUUCCUUAUUUCUUCUUUUCCAGGGAUACUCAGGAGGGCACACUACCCAUAAGUGGGAUUUACUGCACAAACCAAACAGUGCUGGGCACAAAAUUCAAUGACUCUCUUAAAUUAAACUAAGCUGAGAUGCAUACAUUUGAUAGUGGUUCUUUUCUGUCAAGAGCUUUAGGAUUCUGGGACCAUAAUGGC